UUUGUAACUAACCGUGCACGCUUCAGGACGAUUUUAGCAUCAUUGCAUACACGGUUAUGGCUUAAAUAACAGGAUUGCCUUAUUUCAAGAGAUUUUAUCAUAGAUCGUAGAUCUUCCCUACCAGAAAUGAAAGGUUGUUUACUCUCCACGUGACUGAGAGGUAUUGAGCUCGGAGCCAGUGAAAGGGACUUUCCCUGAGUUACUUCCGACAUGCACCUUUAGAAAUUUUAGUUUCGUCGGGUGCAAAUGAAGCACUGACUACAUUUAGAAGGUAACUACAUCGAUCGCCACAACGCUUUAUUAACUGGAACGAUUAUUCAGUGGUCGGGGUACAGACUUCUAAAGAGAAAUGGCUGAAAAAUUAGCACUUUUGAUCGGACCCAACUAUGCAGCAGAUUUGCCAACCUACUGUGGUCCCUUGCAAGGUGUGGAUAAUGAUGUACAGAUGAUGAAAGACAUGCUCUGUGAGAAUGGAUUCCAAGAAGAGAACGUUAAGGUCCUGGAAGGUCUGAUGGCAUCACGGGCAAGUAUCCUAGCUUCCUUGGAAGAACUGACUGUAAAGGCACAGAAAGGUUCAGUGGUUGUUAUAUAUUAUUCUGGCCAUGGUUAUAGCUUUGAUGCUGAAAAAGCCGGCUAUUUUGAUGAGGGGCUGAUACCUGGUGACUUAACCAAAGAAAUGGUUGAUGACUACCACAUCUUUGAUACAUGUAUAACAGGUGAACAUUUCAAGCCUCAUCUGUCCAAGUUGAUCAACAAGGGGGCACUGGUCAAUGUUAUCUUUGAUUGCUGUUUCUCUGGCCGCCUGUACAGAGGUUAUUCGGAGAUACAAAGCUCCCACAUAGGUGUAAAACAGCUUGCAUUGUCUGAUGAAUACAUCAGUGAGUAUCGCAAGGCUCUAAAAGCAAGGGGGGAUCCUGUGAAGCAAGAAGGGGAGCACUCUUCAGCUGAGAAGCCAGUGCCUCUUUCUCCUUUACAAGAGACACAGCCAGCCAAUCCAGCCAGUGCACCUACAGUCCUUUCCCACCCAGUCAGUGAGUUUUGGACACCAGUUUUAAAGUCAGAAGGAUGGUCACCGCAGCAAAAUGACAAUUUCAUUUUCAUGGGAGCUUGUGCAACAAAUGAAAGAGCCUAUGAGUGUCGUGAUUUUGAAACUGGUAAACCUCAAGGAGUCUUUACUUCUGCACUGGUAUCAGUUAUCAAAGAGAUUCCAACAGGAGAGAGACGAUCCUACAAUAUGCUCAAAAGUCUUGUGAGGCGAAAGCUUGCAGACAGAAAACAGGAUUGUCAGACUCCACAAUUUGAAGGGGGAAACAUGAAUUUGAUGCUGUUCAGUUUUGACAAAGCACAUCCGCCUCCUGUUUCAUUCGAAGUGAGACGAGUUGAUGUCAAUCUGGAUUAUACAUCCAGAAUCGUACUCAAUGCUGGAUUUCUACAGGGUGUUGUUGAAGGCGUGUAUGACAUUCAUGAUACUCGACUAACAGAUGAUAUUGUGGAUGAAAUGCAAAUGGCAGUCUUCCACGUGGCGACUGUGGAUGUCAGACCUGAAAACAUCCAUGCAACUGAGUCGUCUGCCGAAGUGGAGUACAGCUAUGUGUAUGAAUGUAAAAUCAAAGUGGGAUACAAAGCUCGCCUGGCCCAACUGGGAAGUAUGCUCUAUCCCCUUUGCAUCAUUGCUGAAGGGGUUGAAGAAAAAUAUGUGGGCGACGUGAAACUCGCAAUGGAAAGCCAGCAGAUGUUCAGCAUUAGGAAAGAUGACACACCCGAUUGUGUCAAGUUGGACGUCGUAACAAUCGAAGAACAAAAAUGUUGGCGUGCCAUUUACAAUGGUAGGAUGAUUGUGCCUGAUCAGCGUACUAGGGAUGGUCACCUCAUGAUCAAAAAUCUCUGCAAGUAUUUUCGUGUCCAGUUUGGGAUCCGGCCAAGGGAACCCAAUCACAACAUGCUGAGAAAUGUCAGCCUCAAGCUGUUCAAAAUGGAGAACGUGCCUCCCUACAAGGGAGAUUUGAGUAAGAAGGCGGCGUUGAAAGCUCAGGCCAUUGAAAGUGGGGAGAUUUAUGAAGGAAAACCAGAGGGUUAUAUUCCAACUUUUGGAGCCCACAGGGUCGAGGUUGUACCUCACACGUUUAAUCGCAUCAAGUACCAGGCUUUAGAUUCUACUGGGGACGCGGUUGUGUUUCAGAUCACCAAUAACGAAGCAUUUCCAAUCCACGUUUGUUUGAUUUCCUACCAGUCAGAUGGCUCCAUAGUUGUCUUAUAUCCGGCAGCGAAAAGGGGUGUCAGCGGGGUCCUUAGGCCUGGGGAGUCAGUAUCAGAGAUCAGACGCGUUUACCUCGAGCCUGAAACAGUUCGUCUCAUGGUGGAGCCUAACGUUGAAUUAACAAGACCUGACGGAUGCAAUGACGUCAUUAUGUUGUAUGCCACCACAGCCGAGACUGAUUAUGAGCCUUUGUUCCAGACUCAAAUAGAGCUUAGUCCUUAUUUAAGCACCAGAGGGAUUGACACACCCGAUGGACUACGACUCGAUACCGUCCCCAGAUUUCGAGAAGCUUUGGAGUCCGAGCCUCUUAACCGGGACGUUUUGCGAGGCGACGUCAAGUGGGUCACUAUAAAGCGGGAGAUCAGGGUGUUAUACCAUCCAGAGCAAACCUUUGAGCCAAUUGUCUAUCCCAAAAAGCAAAACUAGCAAAGCAGGAACUAUUCAUGUGCUUCUAGGUUACUUAUUUUAUAUCUCUUCUUUUUAAUGCUUUUGUUUUAGUUUUAAUUUCUUAAGCAAGGUCUAUUCUUGAGGAUGACUGCAAUUUAGCAGAUCUAAAUAUAAAAAUUAAUGUAAUAAACAUUUAAGAGGGAUACACGAUCACCAAUCCUUGCACCCUCCAGUGUAACCUAAGAUCUUGGGGAAAAAAACAUCUUUUUGUGGUCGUCCUCUCUUCGAAGUUUUCCUCUGAGAACCAUGUAGCCUUUAGAAUAAUAUCGUUUUGCCCAAAAGUCGAAAAAAAAAAGUUUCAGAAUAGCACGAGUCAAUUUUGUCUUUAUCAAGAGCAUUAGUCGUAAUGAUCACAUACAAUAGGUUUUAACUCAUUCGGAGCAGACAUAAUGAAGUUAAGUCGAAGGGUAGCCCUCCCAUUACAACUGCCCUACUGCAGAUGCGGUGAGGGAUAGGAAACUGGGGACUGAAGAAAGCGUUAGUCACCCACCUAAAUAACAAUUUUUUAAAUGAUGAAUAAGUGGUUUCAAAUAGUACUGCUGCAGGAUGAAAGCUCUAAUAGUUCUUAAACAAAAAAAUAAAAGUUAAACCGUA